AUGAGGUGCUUGACAAGGGAAUGGCAGCCCAAGAUCACUGCCAUUGCUGAAUCAAAGGACCUUGCAAAAAUGACUAUUGCCACAUUAUUUGGGAAACUCAGGGAGCAUGAGAUGGAACUGCACAGAUUAGAUGUGUCAGAACAAUCUAAUAGGAAAAGAAAAGGACUUUCACUAAAGGCUCAAACUCACAAAGAGAAAUCUGAACCAGAUACUGAUGAUUCAGAAAGUGAAUCUGAAGAAGAGCCUGAGAUAGGUAUGUUGGUCAGAAAAUUCAAAAAGUUUCUAAAAAAGAAAGGAAGCCAAUCAAGAAAACCACCAAAUUCAAAGACAAAAGGCUUCAGCAAGAGUGAUACCAAUGAUAGCAAAGUCAUAACUUGCUAUGAAUGUGGGAAAACAGGCCACAUCAGAUCUGAGUGCUUUAAACUGCAAAACAGAAACAAGCUUGUGAAGGCUAAAGGCAAGGAUCAACAACCUUCAACAAAGAGAGCCUACAUAGCUUGGAAUGAUAAUGAUGAAGAGUCAUCUAAAGAUUUAGAAGAUGAAGAAGCUAACUUGUGUCUCAUGGCCAAUACAGAUUUAGAUUCUGAUAGUGAAGUAAGUAUUACCUCUAAUCCAUCUUAUGAUGAAUUGCAUGAUGCUUUUAAUGAAUUGCAUGCUGAACAUGUUAAGGUAGUUAAACAAUUAAUUUGCACUAAGAAAAUGCUAGAAAAACAAUGCAUGAUGUGUGAAGAAAUUAAGAAAGAUUAUAAGUUGCUGGAAGAUAUGAAUGAACAUUUGAAAAAGGAAUCAUGUGCUAAACAAACUAGCUGUACUGAACUUGAAAGAAAAGUUGUGUCAUUAAAAUCUGAUUUAGCUAAGUUUGCUAGUAGUAAAAACAACCUAAAUGUUCUUCUUGGAAAUCAAAGGAAUCAUUAUGAAAAAUCUGGAAUUGGUUAUAGACAAAACAAGAAUGCUAAACAGAACCAUAAAUUUGUUAAAUCAAAGCAAAUGCAUGAUAUCUUCAUUAAACCAACUCAUAAGUCAUUAUCUGCUUUUUCAUGUAAAAUCCUUGGCAUUGGAGAUAUAGGAAGCAAAUCAACUGCAGUUAUCAAGGACGUUUUAUAUGUCAAAGGUUUGAAACAUAAUUUACUAAGUAUUAGUCAGCUGUGUGACAAAGGAUUCCAGGUACACUUUACUUCUCAGUCUUGUGCACUUGAGCAUAGGGAAGACAAAAACAUGAAAUUGAAUCAGAUCCAACAGAACCAAAUGAAACAGUUCCUCCAACUGACAUUGAGUACAUAG